CGAGCGGCCAUCCCCAGAAAACGAUUGAGCUUGCUCGCAAUUGUCCCGGAUGUAGUGCCCAGAACCGUCCGCCAUGGCAGACCUCGCAGAUGCCAUUGCCGCUGCGGAAAAGGCCGCCGAGGCCGACCCAGCCCCCAAUCCGUCACAUCAAUCUGCUGGCCAAGAUACAUUUGGCGCCCCUCCAAGCCCUUCUGUAAAGCCCGAACCGAACAUCGAGGACAUUCCCAUGGCCGGCGUUGAAGAACAAAUCCCCGCAUCACCGCUCAAGAGAUCACGGUCCCCAUUUGAGCACCAAGACACCGAAUUUCCUACAGACAAGCGACUCAAGACAGAACCCGUCGCCCGUGAUGAUAGCACAGGAGGAGCUGGGGUGGAGGCGGAGGACAUGGACGAGUUUGCUCGGCUCGUGCAGCAGGCGCAGGACUCGGUCAUGCAAGACGAUUAUAUCCAGCUGGAAGGCGACCCAAUGUCGAGUGCCACGGGCGACUUCCUCGAUUCCGCCGCGGUCAGCAUAAUCGAUCUCGAGGAGGCCCUCUUGAGCAUGCCGCCCACGCGGACAGAGUCGAUAUGGAAUGGCACACAUCACUUUACCCGCAGGAAACACGUACUUCCUGCGCUGGGUAGCCUGGCUGUGGAUGUGCUAGUAGCCUGGUCCGAGCAGUCCCUCGAGGACACCAUUCGCACGCUGUGCCAUAAUCGCGACUCCGACGUGGCCCGAGAAUACGUAUGCCUUAAGACUGCAUUCGAUGCGCAACGCCGGUGCCUAUCCGAGGACAGCCUCCUGUUGGACCCAUACAGCCUCGGUGUAUAUGAUGGAGACCGGGAGAUUGUCAGGGUCGCGAAUCUUGCGGCGUCCUGCGCCAGCCUCUUCAGCACGCUCGACAUUGGUCUCGAAGAGGUGAAUGAUCAGUUUCUGAUGAUCUUCAUCCCGCAGGGUCAUGAUCUCUCGCAGGAUGCAGCCGACAUAUUCCUCGCGCUGAAGACACAGAUCUUUCUCGCCAUGCUUGAUGGUCAACAGGAACGAACGCGAGAUGAGAUUCUGGAAGAGGUCUUCCCCACCACACUGAGGUCGGUACUAGAGGCGCAUCAUAUUGGCUGGCCUCUGAACAACAUCGAGACCCAGUUCUUGGCAGAUGCCGAAGAGCGGAAAACGAUGUUGAGGAAUGAGUCAAAUGAUGCGGACAGCAUACAGUCGCUCAGCAAACAAUUCAGCUACGAAACAUUCCUCGAAACUCUCAACAGCUACCUUAACGACAACAUUGAGAGCAUCAAGAUGCAAGGCGCCGGCAUCAUAGACUUGCGGCCCGGUUUCGAGCACGAAGGUCCCAGUGAUGGCGCUGGACACGAGCUGGAUUUCGACUUUGAUCUGGACGCUGCCAUUGCAGAGGCGUCGAGAGCUGCCGAAACUGACUCAGAUCCAAAUGUGGACGCAUCAAGAAAGGACGAGGACCUCACUGCAUUCCUAACGGAGAGUAUCUCAAAGGCAGCUGAGCAAGCAAAUGGGCCUGAAAGGGACGGUGCUCCUACGGGAGAAGUUGCCUCGGCGGCUGAAAGCGCCUCUAAGGCGACAAUGAUGGCACUCCAGCGUAUGUCACACGGACAUGACGAUCCACAGGCGCCGAAUCAAGGGCCCCAGUCAAGUGCGCAACAAAACUCAUCAGCACAAGGUGCAUAUCAACAACGUCAACCACAGCCAUACUAUCCGUAUCCACAGCACAACCACCAUCCACACCCGGCAUAUAGGGCCCCGGGUGAUCAUCUCCCGCCGAACCAAAGCGAUUCUACACCUGCGCUAUACGAAAGAGCACGGCAGGCUGCUGCUGCAAGAUCUUCCACCCAGGCUCGGAGAGAGGGCACGCAUUCCACGAGGCGGCCUUGGAGUCCAGAAGAGGAAAAGGCCCUGAUGAUGGGCCUAGAUAUGGUCAAAGGCCCACACUGGUCACAAAUCCUGGGACUUUUCGGGCCCAAUGGGUCGAUCAGUCAGAUCUUGGCGGACCGAACACAAGUGCAAUUGAAAGACAAAGCACGGAAUCUGAAGCUCUUCUUUCUCAAGGCGAACACCGAAAUGCCUUACUACUUACAAUGUGUCACUGGCGAGCUAAAGACCCGCGCUCCAACCCAAGCCGCGCGCAAGGAAGCUGAAGAGAAGGCAAAGGAGGAGCAGCAGGCUCAUGUCAAUGGCGUGCAUCCUCAUGCCGGUGGCGGCCAUGUUCAUACACCUCACAAUCCGCAAACGCCCACGAGGCCAUCUACUGCCAUGGCCCCUUCCCACAGCACAACUCCUGUGCAAAGAUUUACCCAUCCUCAUCUGCAAGCAGGCGCUCAUCACUCGAUACGGCCACCUGUCUCCAUGUCCUCCGGCGCGCCGCGACCUCCAUUCCUCGCCGCGCAGCCAGUGCACCUGCCGGUGAAGAUGCUGCAAUCGCCGCAGCAGCCAAGGCCGACUGCGGCAUCGUCAUCGGUGCCAGCACCGCCAGCGACCGCGCGGUCUACUCCCCAAGCCACGCCGGACGUGUCAGAGGCGGCGUUCUCUGGUACAUCGGUCGACGGAACACCACAAGAAGAUCUCAGCAUCGAGGAUGCCGCACUACUUGACCUGCAGGCGCUCCUUGAUGGUGACAUUCCGGAUGAUCUGGCAGGGGAUGUUCAUGGAGAGCUUGCUGCAGCCCUCAAUGGCGAUGCAGCAACGGACACCACCUCUGGCAACCCAACCCAAGAGGCGCAAACAAUCAUCAACACUGAAAAGCCUGAAUCUGCGGUCAAGGAAGAGCCCAGUCAGAUGUCCGCUCCUGAAGGACACCCUGCCCCAUUGGCCUCUGAACCUCUACAGUCUGGAUUUCUCGAAAAGGAAGAGGACGAUUUCUUGCUUGAUCUUCAGGCCGCCAUUGACAAAGAGGCCAAGGAAGCCGAUGCAGCGAAUGGAGAGCAUCAUGCUCCUAUCACCGAGUCUGUCGAGAGCGAGACGGAUCUUUUUGACAUCCAGGCUGCGAUUGAGCGGGAGGCAGCACAAGCGGCGGCCGCCGAGGAAACCUCCCACUCGCGAGCUGAUGACCCCUUAAUGGAUUUCCAGAUGACCAUGGAACGGGACCCCCCGGCAAAUGUGACCCCGUAUCGUGCGACAAGCAGCACAACAGCCUAGAUGGUAGCCCUGAGCGGCACGCUUCAGCCCUCAGAAGAUAACG